CGCGGAAGAUGCCUUCCCCGGCGGCCGGCCAGAAGGAGCGCCUCUACAAGCUGCUGGUGAUCGGCGACCUGGGCGUGGGCAAGACCAGCAUCAUCAAGCGCUACGUGCACCAGAACUUCUCGACGCACUACCGGGCCACCAUCGGGGUGGACUUCGCCCUCAAGGUGCUCAGCUGGGACCCCGAGACGGUGGUGCGGCUGCAGCUCUGGGACAUCGCCGGUCAGGAAAGAUUUGGGAACAUGACGCGGGUCUACUACCGAGAAGCUAUGGGAGCGUUUAUUGUCUUCGAUGUUACAAGGCCGGCAACCUUUGAGGCGGUAACCAAAUGGAAGGAGGAUUUGGAUGCUAAGCUGACUCUUCCCAACGGCAAACCGGUGCCGACGGUUCUCCUGGCAAACAAAUGUGACCAGGGCAAAGAUGUGCUUGUCAACAAUGGCAUCAAGAUGGAGCAGUUCUGCCAGAAGAACGGCUUUGUGGGAUGGUUUGAAACAUCAGCCAAGGAAAAUAUCAACAUUGAUGAAGCCUCCAGGUGCCUGGUGAAACAUAUCAUUGCUAGCGAGAGUGAUCCAAUGGAGUCCAUCGCACUGGAUGUCAUCCAGCCACACUUGAACUCCUCCAAGGUCAUCGGCUGCUCAGCUUGCUACAGAUCCUAAGCCAUUUCCAAGCUGUUUGGUCGGCACUGAAACUGAGCAAGCAACUCAAGGAAAAGAAGCCCCUCUGGUGCAUCCCGUCCAGCUUUUGCUGCUCCUGAGCACAAAGCCAAGAUCAGAAAAUUUGCAUUCCUUUCCAAACCAUGUCGUUUGGAUCCUCCCAGAUUUUGUUUUGUUUUAAUUACUAUUAUUCUGUGGAUAGUUUGCAGAGAGCUUUAUAUUUAACAUUAUUUUGUCUGGGCUGUUUCAUUUAAUCAACAUUAUUCUGCCAAGGUGCUUUUUUUUAGAAAGACCCACCUGGUUUUGCUUUUUGUGAAUUACUCUCUGAAGAGAGACUUUAUAGCUUGCUUUCUACACUGUUCUGUGGAAUCGUUUUUUGCAAGCAUGUCUGCAAAAAGCCAAAAAGAAAGGAAGAGGGUGAAGAAAAGAAAUGGUUAAUAUUUGCAGUUAUUUGAAGAAGCAUAUAAUGGACUUAUUUUUCUAAAGAUUUUGCAGGAAGGAUGGAAUAUAUUUGUACUGCAGUACAGUGACAUGAACUCUCAACUCUGGUAGUGUUGCCCAAAACUUAAAACAGUUGCACAGGAAUUUGAGAGACUUCCUGGAGGAUCAACGGGUGUUCCAUCGUUCCCAUUCCAAAUUGCUAGUUUCUGCAAGCUAGCUUUGCUCUGCAUUCCAUUCUGCCAGUUUUCUGGUUUAACUCCUAGAAUUAUUAUUAUUACAUUUUUAUACUGCCUAUAGCCAAAGCUUUCUAGGCAGUUGACAGCAAUAGACUCAUACACUCAAGUCACCCAUCCCACUUCUGCCCAGGCCUGAUCCUGC